GCACCUCCGCACUGACACUGACAUCUCGCCUCGUAGGAGGAGCUGGAAGUCAAAGUCCUAACUCCAUGUUCUCAAAAAAUUAAUGCCGAAGUUGUAGAUUUUUGUGGUCCGAUAUCAUUGAACAACGCAACUUAAUGAAGAACUAGUCCCACCUACUCCGGACUUUUCCUCUUCACUUAUUUCUGACCAAAGUCCCCGCGUCUGCUGAACGGUUGUAAACAGAACUUGUAAACACGUCGGCAAAUAAUAAGGUUGUCAAGUAUGCCAUCUGCAACGGACAGGAUAAGCGAGACUGGACAAGAGGAUGUUCUGACAAAUGAUUUGAUAGUCAAGCUUAGCAUCAGGGAUGACAGUGAAAACACUUUCAUCAAACACUCUUCUUCAAUGGAUGGAAAGUCUAAUGUCAAUGGCAAUGCAUCUAGCUCAAGUAGCCGAUUGACUGCCCCUUUUGCUGCCUCAAUCGCUUCCAUUCUUUCGGCGCAUACACCAACCCUGACAGCAGAGGAGGCUUUCCAACGUUGUCAUGAGUUGGAACUACAGCUUAAAGCUGAGCAGAAGAUGGUAUCAAAGCUAAAGUACCAGUUGGAACAAAGUGAAAGGAUGCUCUCACAACUUCGAAGUGUUCACAGCAAAUGUCCUUUUGAUACCAAGUUUGAAGAUUUGCCAGAAGAACUGAUUGUCACAAUUUUCUCAUACUUGAGUUCGGACUUGUUACUGGAUGUUGUCAGCCAAGUGUGUCACCAGUGGCAGCGACUUUGUCGUGAUCGAAUGCUGUGGUCCAAAAUAUCGGUAAAGAAAGACUUGAAUGAAAUCAUCAGGGCCAUGACAGUUGCCCCUUGUCUGCAAAGUGUGUACAUUUCAUCAGAGUAUCUGACUGUUCAUGAUGAUGUAGGCGACGAGCAACUUCAGGUGCUGACGACGUCCCCUUGCCGCGUGCGCUCGCUCACUCUACCUGACUUCCAGCCCAUCGCCCUGCGCAUGGUGCGCAACCAGCUGGGGUAUCUGCGCCACCUGCACGUGCACUCGUGGUGGGACCACCAGCGCGCCGAAUUUCGUGAGGAUCUGUGGCAUACUCUGGCCGAGCUGGACCUGGUGUCGCUCACGCUGCACGAGUACGACGGCCGCAACAGCUACUUCCACACGGACUGGCGGCCGGCACCGGGGCAGCUAUGCGGUCUGCGCCACCUGGACCUGUACUGCAAGCUGGUGCCACAGCCCAGCCCCCGGGGUCCGCUGGGGGGCGUGGUGGACGCGCUGGUGGAGGCCAGCAAGGAUACACUGGAGACGGUGUCGCUACCGCCCAAGACGGAGGGCCGGGUCAUAGAGGCGCUGGCGCAGUGCCCGCUCCUGCGCGAGGCCAACGUCCCCUUCCUGGAGGAGGUGCGCGCGCUGGAGGCCUGCCCGCUCCUGGAGGCGCUAGAACUCAACAGCGAGUGGCUGGAUCACGAGACGGUGCGCGUGCUCGUCCCCCGGGUGGCCGCGGUCCUGCGUGGCUCUGCGCUCACGGCCCGCCUGCGCACGCUCUUCUUCCAGGGCAUGACGAUGGGCUGCAGGGAGCUGCUGCGCGCCGUUGCCGACCUGCGCGGCCUCCGCUACGUCCGCAUCCACAAUUUUGGCGAGCCCGAGGCGGCAGCCGAGCUGCCUGCGGUGUUGGGCGAGCUGGUGCACCUUGAGCGCUUCACCAUCGCUACCAUGCCCGCGCCCGCCGUGCUGGACGCCAUCCCGGCCGAGGUGUGCCCGGGGCUGCGCGAGCUCACGGUCAUCGGCUCGUGCCAUGAAGACACGCUCGGCUGCCGGGUGCCCGCGGCUCUUCGGUUGCUGCGCCACCGACCCGCCCUGCACGUGUUCCUGGACUUGGGGCUUGGCGUCAGGGGCCACCUGGAGAACGCGUACCCGCAGUGCAUGCGCGCGCACGGCCGGGUCUGCGAGGACGAGAGCCUCUGGCACCGCUUCCACCCCGUCAUGGUGAACCACGACCCCACCGGCUGCUCGUGGUGCAGGGACAUGGUGGAGCACUACGCCACCGUGGUGGACAUGAGGGGCAAACUGGACGAGGACUAGUCCCAGAACGGUAGCCUUUGUUUGAGACAGUCGGCUCAUGCAUGGGGUAUAUGAGGUAUCUGUGGACACUUAAGUUAACAAUUAAUACUGUAAGGGCUUGCAGGAGUGCGGGCAGGUUGCCUGCUCGUAUUAGGUCGACAGCAAUCGUCAUUUCUUACACUGUCAUUUAAAAAAUAUGUACGUAGUUUGCCAGUCCACUUUAAUUAGGUGCACAUCUUUUGAUGUGGCCACCAGUUAGUAUGUAGUAUCUAACUACUCACAUUCCAUUUUUAUUUAUGCUGUUACAUGAAUUUGUUGAGAAGACUGAUUGUUGUUUAGCCUUUUUUAUGUUGGUGAGUUGAGCUAUUGAAAUAAUUUUUAGACUGUAUUUUAUGUCAAGGUAUUUAUCCAUCUUGUGCAUGUGUGUAGAUUGCAACACUUGUUAUAUUUAAUAUUUCUUUGUUGCACAGUAUGUUUCAAUCAUAGAUUGAAACGUUCUGUAUUGUGUUUUUCUGAGCUCCUACAAUAUACCUAGACUGGUCUAGUCCAUGUGCAUGAAUAGCAUACUUCUGUAGUUUUAAGGUAAAGUAGGAUAGUACUACAUAUGUUGGACUGUGAUCUUAUUUAUAUCCCAAUUUAUAGGUUGUCUUUAAAGCAAUUUUCAUCAUUUUUAUCAAUUCAAUUGUCUUAUAGAAGUUUGGUUCUCCACCUAUAGAUUUUGACUAGAAGCUGUUGCUUCCUGUAGAAAAUGAAUUUACCAUUAAUUCUGGGGAAAAAAUCAUGAUAUAUUUGUUUCUUCUAGUCAUUUCAACAUUUUCUUUGAAUAUUCAUUCCAUUUAAGUACACCCUCAUUUGAAAUUCAAGAUGCAUUUUUAUUUUGAAUCUCAGUACACUGCACUUCUGAUUUGCAGGUAGCUGUGUGAGAGGCAUACGAUUUUAUCUACAGCAAUUUUAUUAACUUAUUAGAUACCAUUAUUUGAGUGAAUCUUUUGUGAUUUCCACGCUUGUCUGUAUUUUGUUGUUGCAGACAAUAAUGUUUUGUUGCAAUUUUGUCUGAUAUUUCCUACAUAUUGAUGAUAUGUAUUCUAUUGUUUAAUCAAUUUGACUGUUUCAUUUUAAAAUGUGAAUAUAGAAUUAAAGUUAUGUAUUAACUGUG